AUGUCUGACCAGCCCCAACCUUCCACUCUCAAGUCCGUCGUCGACUCCACCACUGGUGCUGUCCAGAACGUUAUCGGCAACCUGACUGGCAACACAAGCGACCAGGCUGCUGGCGACCUCAAGAAGCAGAAGGCCGAGGCAGAGCACGAUGCUUCUCACGCUACCGCUAAGCUCCCCGGUGCCACCAUCUCCGGCUCUGGUGCUGCUGCCAAGGAUGACCCCAACCGCACUGAUGGUUCUUGGAACCAGACUGCUGGGUCCGCCAAGGAGACCAUUGGAGGCCUUAUUGGCAACGAGUCCUUGAAGCAACAAGGCCGUGAGCAGAACCUCGAGGGACGUAACCAAGAGGCCAAGGGUCAGCUCAGCGACCUUGGAUCAGGUAUCGGCGACCGUGUUCAGGGUACUGUUGGAGGCGCCGUCUCCAACCUCACUGGCGACAAGGAGAAGGAGGCUCACUACGACGAGCUCCGUGCCGAGGGCAAGACCCGCCAGCGUGGCGUCGAGCACGAUGUCCAGAAGCAGGCUGAGGCUGAGCACCGUGGUUAA